CGGCUCCGCACAGCCAAGAUGGCGGCGGUGGAGCUGGAGUGGGUGCCCGAGACGCUCUACAACACGGCCAUCUCGGCCGUCGUGGACAGCUACGGGCGGGCGCGGCGCCGCGACAUCCGCUCGCUGCCCGAGAACAUCCAGUUCGACGUGUACUACAAGCUUUACCAACAGGGCCGCUUGUGCCAGCUGGGUAGUGAAUUUUGUGAACUAGAAGUUUUUGCAAAGGUGCUACGAGCUUUAGACAAAAGACAUCUGCUCCAUCACUGUUUCCAGGCUCUGAUGGACCAUGGGGUCAAGGUUGCUUCUGUCCUGGCCUAUUCCUUCAGCAGACGGUGCUCCUACAUUGCAGAGUCAGAUGCUGCUGUGAAAGAAAAAGCAAUCCAGAUUGGCUUUGUUUUAGGGGGGUUCCUGUCAGAUGCAGGCUGGUACAGUGAUGCUGAGAAGGUUUUCCUUUCCUGCCUUCAGCUGUGCACCCUCCACGAUGAAAUCCUUCACUGGUUCCGUGCUGUGGAGUGUUGUGUGAGGUUGCUGCACGUUCGGAAUGGCAACUGCAAGUACCACCUGGGAGAGGAGACCUUCAAGCUGGCCCAGUCGUACAUGGACAAGCUGGCCAAGCACGGGCAGCAGGCCAACAAGGCAGCGCUGUACGGCGAGCUCUGCGCGCUGCUCUUCGCCAAGAGCCACUACGACGAGGCCUAUAAGUGGUGCAUAGAAGCCAUGAAGGAGAUCACAGUUGGGCUGCCUGUAAAAGUUGUGGUGGAUGUGCUACGACAAGCAUCAAAGGCCUGUGUGGUGAAACGGGAGUUCAAGAAGGCUGAGCAGCUCAUAAAGCACGCUGUGUACCUUGCCAGGGAACAUUUUGGAGCCAAGCACCCCAAAUACUCUGACACACUACUAGACUAUGGAUUUUACCUGCUCAACGUAGACAAUAUCUGCCAAUCUGUUGCCAUCUAUCAGACAGCGCUCGAUAUCCGGCAGUCGGUAUUUGGAGGUAAAAACAUCCACGUAGCUACAGCUCAUGAAGACCUGGCCUAUUCCUCGUAUGUUCACCAGUACAGCUCUGGGAAAUUUGACAAUGCACUAUUCCAUGCUGAACGUGCUAUUGGCAUUAUCACUCACAUUCUCCCAGAAGACCAUCUCCUUUUGGCCUCUUCAAAGAGAGUUAAAGCACUUAUCCUGGAGGAGAUUGCCAUAGACUGUCACAACAAGGAGACAGAGCAGAGGCUGCUCCAGGAGGCUCAUGACCUGCACCUCUCCUCACUCCAGUUGGCUAAAAAAGCCUUUGGGGAGUUCAACGUGCAGACAGCCAAACACUACGGCAACCUGGGCAGACUGUAUCAGUCCAUGAGGAAGUUCAAGGAAGCAGAGGAAAUGCACAUCAAGGCCAUCCAGAUCAAGGAGCAGCUCCUAGGGCAGGAGGAUUAUGAAGUCGCCCUCUCCGUGGGCCACCUCGCCUCCCUCUACAACUAUGACAUGAACCAGUAUGAAAAUGCUGAAAAGCUUUAUCUGAGAUCCAUAGCAAUUGGAAAGAAGCUUUUUGGUGAAGGAUACAGUGGACUUGAAUACGAUUACAGAGGUCUCAUUAAACUGUACAAUUCCAUUGGCAAUUAUGAGAAGGUGUUUGAGUACCACAACAUUUUGGCCAAUUGGAACCGGUUGCGGGACCGGCAGUUCUCGGUCACGGAUGCGCUGGAGGACGUCAGCACCAGCCCCCAGUCCACGGAAGAAGUGGUCCAGUCUUUUCUGAUGUCUCAGAACCUCGAUGGACAGAGCAGCUAAGAACUUGGUCAAUUAUAACCAGUUAAGGUUUUUUCCCCCAGGUUACAGGGGGAAAAGUCAUACUGUGAAAUCUAAACCAUGUAGUUCUCUGGGGGCUGGAAUUUGCAUUGAAACACUGGUCCAGUCUACUGAAGAGUGCCCAUACGGAUGAAUGUGUGUUAAAUUCCUCUCAGCAUGUGUAUGGCAUGUUUAGUUCGGCUCACAUUUUUAACUUGGUAUUCCCAAAAAAAAAAAAAAAAAACCCCUUCUUUCUCUCUUCUUUCAAAAGAAGCUACUUUGCAGAAAGUCUGCAAGAAAACAUUAAAUAAAACUGUUUGAGUUCAAAAGAGUUGCAUUCUUAUUACGGAUGGAAGGUUUCAUCGAGAGCUUUCUGCUGAAUCAGAGAGAACAAAAGCUGUACUCUGAGGAGCUGUAGGAGAAAGGUCUUGCUGCUGUAUCACUGUAGCAAAGCUCAUGGUAAAUAGCCAGCAAAGGGAGGAUGUGCUGGCCUUGGCUGCUGCCUUACCAAGAGAAGUGGCAAAGACCCACUCUGGAGAGCACCAUCCCCUCGUUGAGUGCCACCUGUGCUGUUGUGGAUGCCCUGAACUGGACCAGUGCAGAUCCCAUAGACCAGCAACCACAGUGUCCUCAGUGCCACCACCAGUGCUCCCCCUGAGCAGGACCAGGACACCAGAGUGGACCAGCCUGCUAGAAACCGGUUUUGGACCAGUGGCUUUAAUUUAAUAUUUCUGCCCCUGCAUUCACUUUGACAGUAGAACUCUCUCAUUUAGGUGUCUGAUCAGUGCAAAUGAUAUCCAUGUGGUAGAUCCAGAGCUAGGAAGUGAAUUGAUGGUUUGUCUGUACCCAGUGAGCUUCUGCAGAGAUUCCUGGCAGUGCCACAGCUCCACAUGCUCCACUCUGCUGCAGCCACUCCUCCUUUCCUGUCCCGUGGGCUCUUGCUCUGCUAACGGAGGCCAUACCUUGUUUAUACCAGUGAAGAGUUUUGUAUUCCAAUCCAGUUCCAUUUUCUGUUUCUGGAGAACAUAACUUACUGUACAGUUCACGGGGGUCAGUGGAAAAUGCCAAAAAGCACAACAGGUUUUUUUUUUUUUGUGAUGCUUCAUUUCUACAUUAAACAAGAGUACAAACCAGAAA